AUGAAUGUGGCCUUGCAGGACAGGGAGCCUGCGGAGCUCGGCGAGCUGAGCUUUCCGUUGCUCAAGCUCAUUAUUGAGGCACGGAACGAGCAUGGUAUGCGGCAACAUGACUGGGAGCGUUAUCGUCGAUACUGCACGACAAAGACGAAGCGCGUCCGUUCGGCGCUGCAUCUUACGCAUGCACCGAACAAGCCUGCUACGAAAGUGCGACGCACGAAGCGCAGUAGGCGGCUUACUACCGAAGAGCAGAGUGUCAAGGACAAGAAGCGUGAUCACACGUUUGAGCGCCGCGACAUUGUGCUGGACCAGGUGACGGAUACGCGGCCCCUCGAGCUCUUGCUGUUUGAGAGCGAGCAUGCGUGGGCAUCCGCCGAAGAACUGUGGGCCAAGCAAACAGAAGAGACUCGUGCGAAACUGCGCAGAAGCAGCUUGGGACGCGCGCGUCGUGCGAUGCAAUAUGCCACGAAGCUGAAUGAGCUGGCGGAUGCGCUGUCAUCCCUCGAUGUUCAUUCCCGUGCCCAAUGCCUAGCAUACCUCGGCCUCGUGCGCAGCGCAUCAGCUUUUAUCCAAGAAAAUUGGGAGUCCACUUUGCGCGCUACCGCUGCCACGCGUCGUUUGCUCACGAUCACGAGUGAAUGCAGCCCGUCGAGCCGUGACGAGGCCGUAGCGAGCAGCUUUCUUGACACGAUCGAUGCACAGAUCCGCUUCGCGACGUAUUCUCUUGGUGAGACGGACGAUGCCGCAGAGCGCGUAUGUACGCCUGAGGCAUGUGAGGAGGUGCUGCCGGGCUGGGCCAGAGUGACCCAGGCGCUCCAGGCCGCCCACCCGGCCUCGGCCUCGUCGAACGAGCCGUUUGUUCUGCACUGGCGGUCCCAGACGAUCCCUGUUCACUCGCUGGAGCUGUACGAUGCCAUUCAGCGCGUGCAGGCUGAAGAGGCUACAUUGGCGCAGCAUGUGGCCCCGACGAACAAGUCCACGCCCGGCAAGCGCGCCAAGCUGUCGCAUGCCCAGCGCAACGCCCACCGACGCCACGGGAUGGGACGUGCGAGUGACUCGUAUGCGAACCGUGGUGAGCUCGAUCCGUUCGACCGUGUCCUUGCGGCGCUGUCGGAUGCCGAGUCGAUCGCACGCGUGCUCGUCGACGACAAUACCCAGGCACUGGCCAAAACGCACUCAACUCGGUAUGAGGCGGCUGGUCUGCUGCUGCGCCGUGCGCACGAAUGGCUUGCUUACCGCUUGUUGUCUGUGCGCAUUGCUCGUAAUGUGCGUCUGUGGUCAGACGUACAGUCACGCGCGGCCAUGCGCGAGGCGCGAGCGGAGGCACUGACGCAGCAGCGGACUCAUCGUCGGACGCUACCCGCGAUGGCAACUGGAAAGAGGAAGCGUGCCGCGCGUCAGUAUGCGCGCAGCGGCACACGUGCCCGUUCGCAGGCGCAGCGCCAAAAGCACUUGAAGCGCGUGCAAGAUCUCUGCGCCCAGCAGUCCGAUCGCCGCCGUCUGCGUAUCGUGCCAGGUAUAGCCAAACUGCUAGACAGUAUCGAUGGCUGUCUACUAGCUAUGGUCGGCCUGGACUUGGUCGAAGGUGAGCCCGAUGUGUCGAGUUUGUUGGAGUCCAAGCGCUUUUACUACUGCUCUGAGCUGCUGCGCCAGGUCGCCAGUGCGUUUGCACAGUAUAACCAGUGCGGCGAAUCGCUUGUUCUGCUUCAGCGUGCCGAUCUGUACGUGCGCCAGGCCAUGCAGUCGCUCGAGUUCGCCCAAGGCGCCCAAGACGAGGAUCAGCACUUUGCCCCUCAGCUCCUCGGCCCCGAUGAUGUGCUCUCGCGCCAGACACGGCACAUCCAAGAGACGCGUGAGCUCACAGAGUCACGCAUAGGCGCACAGGGUGUUCUGGUAUCGUCGGCGAUGCAGUCGACCAAGGGCGGACAGACCUUGUACUACUAUGCACAUCGCCACGUGUCCUUGGACGAGGCCAAUCUGUCGGAAGCCCUCGCACAAGUUCGUUCUCCUGUGCAGCAGCACGACUCAGACUUGGAAGCCUUUGAGGAUGCAGAAAACGAGACGGACGAUAUGGACGAGGAGAACGAGGUCUAUGUCGAUACCGAGCCGGCCCCCGCUCCCAGCGGCAGGAGCAGCUGGUGGGGACGCUGGCUGGGCCGCUGA